AGUGACAGUCAAUGAAUUGCCUUUGCCUGCCUAGCCUACAUUAGCAAGAAGGCUGCAAGACUUAUUCUUCGACGUGUGUGUAGUACGUACCAAGGCUCUCGAAGAGCACCGUUUCUGUGCGGGUGUUUGUGCUAUUAAGUGUCUGCAUUGCAUAACUGGCUCUGCGGUUGUUGCAAGGACGCUUUGCUGACCAGUUGUCAUGAGUCGAAUGGGCAUAGGACCACCUAUUGGUGACAAGGGGACGUUUCCAUUUCUCUUCAUUCUCAUUGGAGUUACAUCAGCUAUUCAAUUCGAUGCUCCUCUUGAUUUUGCAUCUGCAGGAGGAGAAUGUGCUCUUGUUGUCAGCGGUGCAGGAAGAAGCAGCCAAUUCGAUUAUUCCCUCAAUUUGCUGAGGGGUACACCUCAUAAUUUCAACGCUGGUGGUACAUGCAUAACGUAUGAUGCUGUAAAUGCAGCUUAUUUAGAUGCGAGAAAAAGAAUUAGGGUAGCCAACCCUCAUGGUCAAUGGAAGCCUGAAGAAGUUGCUACAGUGGGCGAAGUACUACUCGAUGUCUCUAUCAAUCUUGCAAGGACCUAUGGACUCACGUACGAAGAGAUCGAGAAAGGUUUACCUUUAAUCGACACUUCAAAAACACUCAUCAGGGAAAUGUGUCCACCUUAUUUAUCGAAUGUAGAAUGUAGAGCAGGAAAAUAUAGGCGAUUAGAUGGUUUGUGUACUAACUUGGAACAUCCAACAUGGGGUUCAAUCAACACUCCUUUCACAAGAUUAUUAGGACCCUUAUUCGCUGAUGGUAUGAACGCCCCCCGUAUCUCUGUGAAGGGACAUGAUUUGCCACCAUCUAGAGUUGUAUCGAGGACCAUGCACCCUGACGAUGGUUUCCACGAUCAUGCUGGAACAGUCAUGAUCAUAGCUUGGGGUCAAUUCAUGGAUCACGAUUAUACAUUAACUGCCACACCUUUAGAUCCCUUGAACCGAAACGAUCCAGAAGAAUGUUGCAAUCGACCACCUCAUUUAAAACACCCUUACUGCAAUGAAAUCAGAAUCCCAGAAGAUGACUACUUCUACAGGCUGUUCGGUGUGAAAUGUAUAGAUUUCGUGCGAGGAUUCCCUGCAGCUCGACCCGGAUGCAGGCUAGGAUCAAGAGUACCUUUCAACACACUCACAGGAGUUCUAGAUGGCAACACUGUCUAUGGAAAAACUGACGUUGAAGCUAGAAAACUCCGUGAAGGAUUUGGAGGUUUAUUGAGGAUGAAUCCAGCUUUCAGGGAUUAUGGUUUACAGGACUUACUCCCUCUCAAGUUACACAUACCAGACGAAGGCUGCACCAGACCUAAUAGUUCCAUGUUCUGUUUUGAAGCAGGAGAAAUUCGUGUUAAUGAACAGUUGGUCUUGACUUGUAUGCACACUUUGAUGGCUAGAGAACACAACAGGUUAGCCAGAGGAUUGGCAGAGGUAAAUCCUCAUUGGGACGAUGAAACUCUAUUCCAGGAAGCGAGAAGGAUAAACAUCGCUAUAAUACAACACAUCACAUAUAAUGAAUUCUUACCAAUUUUACUUGGAAAAGAUGUUAUGCAAAAGUUUGGACUACUUCUUCAGAAAGAUGGAUACUGGGAUGGUUAUGAUUCUAAUGUGAACCCUAACGUCAUUGAUGCUUUCGCAGCUGCAGCUUACAGAUUUGGACAUUCCCUUCUACCAACAGCAGUCGAAAGAUGGAGCAAGGCACAUAAAUUCAUUGCUUCCAAACGCCUAUCUGACCUAAUCCGUAGGCCCUUUGAUUUAUACCGUCCAGGAAUCUUCGAUGAAUACAUUAUGGGAUUGAUGAACCAAGUGGCUCAGGCUAUGGACGAUUCGAUCACCCAAGAAGUCACGAACCACUUGUUCAAGAAAGUGGGUGCUAGAUUCGGAAUGGAUUUGGUCAGUUUCAACAUGCAAAGAGGCAGAGAGUUCGGUCUCCCUGGAUACAUGGAGUUCAGGAAAUUCUGUGGCCUUCCUGGCGCAGAAACUUUCGAAGAUUUGUUCGGAUCUAUGUCCAAUGAAACAGUCCGGAAAUAUACAUCUAUAUUCGAACAUCCCAAUGAUGUAGAUUUGUGGUCAGGUGGUGUAUCAGAACGACCCCUACCAGGAAGCAUGUUGGGGCCCACUUUCGCUUGCAUUAUUGCUACUCAAUUCAGCUACUCAAGAAGGGGAGACCGUUUCUGGUAUGAACUACCAAAUCAGCCAUCAUCUUUCACUUCUGAACAACUCCAAGAAUUGAGAAAAGCUCGUCUUGCUCGCAUCAUUUGCGAUAACACCGAUUUGAUAGACAGCAUACAACUGUAUCCAAUGGUAUUACCGGAUCAUGAAAUAAAUCCAAGAGUGCCCUGUAGAAGCGGUAUAAUUCCAAAUAUAGAUUUAACCAAAUGGGCUGAAUUUCCAAGUGGAGAUCAUUUUGGAAAUAGCUUCUUUGAUCCAUUAGUAGGAAAGAAAUAAAAACAGUCAAUAAACUAUAGGAUAUAAGUUGUACAGAUGCCAUUAUUUUAUAUUAUUCUCAGCCAACAGACUCUCAAAGAUGUUGAAACCAUCAUGGUUAGUUAAUUAAAUAACUGUACAUUGCA